UCACAAACGGAGGCCAUAUGAUGAUGCGCGUGCGGGGGCCGCGUGUGAGCGUGCAUGGGUGUGUGUGUGUGUGUGUGUGUGUGUGUGUGUGUGUAUACGAGUAAUCCCAUUUCCUUAUCCGGGAUUCAUCCUCGGAGGCGCGCCAUUGGCCGGCCCGCCGUCACGUGGCUUCUUAACUUUGUUCACUUGACAGAAAAGUAGGAGGGUUCAACGGAACAGGGAAUAACCGAAGAGUAAAGGGAUGAGAUAUAAAUUGUAGUUAUAUAUUUUCCGAGUAGGUGCAAUUCCACAAAAAGACUGACAUUAAUGGCCAUGAGCUCCUAUUUGAUCAACUCCAACUAUGUGGACCCCAAGUUCCCGCCGUGCGAGGAGUACUCACACAGCGACUAUCUGCCCAGCCACUCGCCGGACUACUACGGCUCCCCGCGGCCAGAGGCGGCCGCCUUCCAGCCGGACUCCCUGUACCACCUCCACCCGCCGCCGCCGCCGCCGCCGCGCGGCGAGCCGCCGUACACGCCGUGCCGGCAGCAGCCCGCCGCCGCCGCCGCCGCCUCGGUGGUGGUGAUGUCCCCGCGGGGUCACGUCCUCCCCGCAGCCCCCGCGCCGGAGCUGCGGAGCGGCCGCUGCGACUCGGUGACGCCCAGCCCGCCGCCGCCGCCUCCGCCGCCCGGGACUACCUGCGACCUCACGCCCCACGGCCGGGCCGCCUCGUCCCCCGCCAAGGACCCGGUGGUCUACCCGUGGAUGAAGAAAGUCCAUGUCAACAUCUUGAGCGCCAACUACACCGGCGGGGAGCCGAAGCGCUCGCGGACGGCCUACACGCGCCAGCAGGUCCUGGAGCUGGAGAAGGAGUUCCACUUCAAUCGGUACCUGACGCGCAGGCGCAGAGUGGAGAUCGCGCACACGCUGUGCCUGUCGGAGCGGCAGAUCAAGAUCUGGUUCCAGAACCGGAGGAUGAAGUGGAAGAAGGACCACAAGCUGCCCAACACCAAAGUCCGCUCCGGGACCAACAACAACAACAACAACAACAACACAAACUCCCAGGCUCUAACCGGCUCCCAGAACCGGGCCGGGCCCCUAUAGCCUCAUGGCGGCCCUCUCUCUCCUUGGGGCUCCUUGAA